UUGUAAACCAAGUGUAAGAUAUAGAGACUCUAGUAGUCGCCUGACUCAUUUAUAAGAAGUGUGUUUCAAAGCUAGAAGUCUUUGCAGAUUGCACUGAGUGUCUGGGAGUUAAUCUGCCGCAUAGCUAUUAGUUAGCAGACUUGCUAAUGGCAUGCUAGCAUUCAUGUAUGGACUUUGAAGCCUGCACACUGCACCAGACAGCGCACUGUGUUAGCAAAGAAGCGCAGUUGCAUCUCUGGUGUUGAGUGGGACCUGUUUCCUUUUCUCGCUGCAACUGAGACCGAGGUUGGAUUUUCUUUUCUUCCAUCACCACCGGGACUCGUCAGUGGGACUGUGGCCGGAACAGGAGACUGUUGAACUGCUGACCAGUAACUGGUGUGAGUGAAGAUGCCAUCAGUACAGCUGCUUCUGCCCAGCUGACGUGUUUCACUACAGAUGACUGACAGGCGAAGUGGGCGGGUCAUUACUGAUGUUGAGGGGCACCUGGAUUGGCCGGUCCUUCCUGGUUUUCUCUGUUAUAAAUGCCCUGGAUGCGCAGAUGAACACAUCUUCGAGACAAAGACUGUUAAUGUUGGAGAAACUGUGACUCUGACAUGUACCCGCCAGGGAACUUUGCAGUCUGCACGCUUAUUUUGGAUCAGGCUUGUUUCUGGAACAUUUCCUGAAAGUUUAGGAGGACAAUUUACUUACUUUACUUUAGAUGAAAACAGUGUUAAGGAAACUCAUCACAUAAAAGCAAAACAAGAGCUUGAAAAAUAUGUUAAGCGUAUUUCCAAAGCACAGUUCAGCGACACUGCAAUCUACUACUGCCUACAAGUAGAAAAACUUAACAUUACAUUUCUGAAAGGAAUAUUUCUGAGAGUCAAAGAGCCAGAACCUGACAUCAUUGCCAUCACGGAAGACUUUGUAUCUGAUCCAGUCCGUCCAGAAGACUCAGCGACUCUCCGGUGUUCAGUCCUCUCUGACCUUGAGAGGAAAACGUGUCCAGGAGAUCACAGUGUGUACUGGUUCAGAGCCGGAGCAGAUGAAUCUCAUCCCAGUUUAAUUUAUGCUCAUGAAAACACUGUGAAUCAGUGUGAAAAGAAUCCUGAAGCUCAGUCGACACAGAAAUGUGUCUACAACUUCUCAAAGAUCGUCAGCUCCUCUGAUGCUGGGACUCAUUACUGCGCUGUGGCCACGUGUGGACAGAUAUUAUUUGGAAAUGGAACAAAAGUGGACAUUAAAGUUCCAGUUGUCGACACGUGUGAUUCACAAAAGGACAAUACAAUUGUCCUUCUGUUGUUUGGUGCUUUGGCUGUGAGUCUGAUUGUUAUAGCCUUCCUUGUUUGUGCCAUCACAAUGAAAUCUUGUGGUUGUUGCAACGCUGCCGUCAGUCUGCAAACAAAUGCUGCAGCAGCCAGUGGUAAUCAUCAAAGUCAGCAGAGAAAUGAGGACUCUCUGGUUUAUUCUACACCAAACAUUACCAUGAGAAAAACUGGGCAAGCAGGGAGAAGGAAAGCAACAGCAAAGGAAGAGACGAUCUACACUGAUGUCAGGACUUUUGUGAUGGAAUAACAGUUCAAACACUGGCUUUAAUAAUUGAUGGUACUAAAAAGAAAUUUGUGUGGCACAAUAUGCCAGAAAAUUACCAGGGUAGCAGCACUGGUGUUUGCAUUUUACCUCUGAAGUUGUUAACAUAAUAUUAUACUUUGGAUACAUUUUAUGUUUUAUGCAUAAUUGUUAUAUAUUUUGGACAAAUUGUUUGCAAACAUUGAAUAAUAUUUUUGAAUUCAGUUAGUUCAGAAAAAGAAUUAAACAAUUAUGAUGCAAAAAUAACAUUUAAUACUUCAGCAUUUCAACCUUAUAAUUUGUUGUCCUUUAUUGUGUGUAUUUUAUUGGGUUUUCAAAGAGUUUCAAGAUCUUGCAGCGUUACCUUUCUUGUUAUACACUUUUAUUAUAGUUUCAUUUCCUGCCGAGCCCUUCAGCUCCGUAUCAGCGCAAUACAAAAACCUGUACUAAAGGGAAUUUGUCAUGUAUGAACGUGUGUUGUUUCAUUUAUUAAUAAACAA